GGUGGGGAUAUGAGUAGCGGAGCCGUCAGUGCGCCACGUGCUGCCGAUGUGGAAGGAUGUACGUUUUCUCUAAUCCUUCAACUCUCCCGCGGGACAUCCCGGUAUUUUCUCGCGUUUGACAAGUUUUCUCAGUGACACAAGUGCCAGUCUUUAAUCUCACCCAAUCAAUAUUAGUUCCCUUUAUCAAAUAAAGUCGAUUCGAAAGAUCGAGAAAACUUGCUUCGAAAAUAUUCGUCACGGGAGUGCUAAAACAAGUGGAUUGAGAUCAGUUUGGUGGAUUGGGAAAAAUGUGAUAUGGUGCCACUUUGGUGGGAAGUGGAUUUCGAAAGGAUCUCGGUGAUUCGUGGUCAUUCCGCUCUUGACAGUCUUGACAGUGUCCUUUAUCAGCGAAAGCUGAAGGAUUAUUCUUCUUGGAACCACUACUUGUGGUAAGUAGUGGUCUCCAAUCGUUUGAAAAAAGCCACCAGUUAACCCCGCCGGUACCGGACGGGAGAUAUGCGCAGCAAGCAGCAGCCGAGGCCUUCCUUCCGGUGGCCGCAGCAGCGCGGCGAUAACAUUACCGGGGAGGACGGCGUCGAAAGUUCGGGUCCAGGUACAGACCUCCAAGGCGAGGAAGGUGACUGCGUGGAUGAGGAUGGACGGAUCAGUCCAAGCGAGAGGGUUGGCGUUCCAGCAGCCAAAGAGGAUGAAAAUGGGGAACUCAGCGACGAGGAUGAUGACGAAGGAACUUCUCCACCGACCCCACCGCCUUCUAUUACGGCGCGAUUGAACCCUGCCGCCGUAAGGGAUACGGGUCCUCCAGAUAGGGAACCAAUGAGUCCUCGCUGUCCUUCAAGAGACUCUCGGGAAUCGUCUGGGCCAGCCACUGGAAGCCCCCCUCCACCGGCAGUCCGAAGUAGCGCCAGUCCCGUCAGUCCCAGCAGUAUCGUGCCUCUACCUCUCGGGACUCACCCACUCUUACCCUCUCACUCUGCGGCUGUGAUGGCAGCGUACAUUCAGCAAACGCAUCAGCGUCUUCUCCUGGGUCACUCACCUCUAUCUCGAGGUUCCGUCUCACCUCUGGUCACGUCCUCGUGUUCACCACCUGCCGCGACUCCCGGUCUUCUGGUAUCGCCGACCAGUGGAGGUGAAAUGUCACCCACGGCUACUCCUCUAACAGGGGUACUCGACUUCAGCACGAGAAAGGCCUCAUCCACGGAAGAAGAUGAGGACGAACAGAUUCUGAAUCUCAGUAAACCGCCCACGCCUUCAUCAUCGACAGAAACGAAUAACGGGCCCCUAGACUUGUCUGUGCCUAGUAGAAAACGACCAGGCCCGGAAGAUUCUCCUCCACCACCUCCUCGAAAGUCGUCCAGACAUGCGACAUCAACACCCACUGGUCAUCAAGAAACUGCGUCUUCUGGAUCUCCUUACGGAAGAUCAGUCGUUUCCCCAUGGACGUCACCAGUGGUUGCUUCUCACUUUCCAUACUUUGCCGCCGCGGUCGCUGCAGCAGCUACUAGUCAACAGCAACUUUCGCCGAAAAGCACGAGUGGGGUAGUGGAUCAUCAUCAGCUCUGGAAUGGCAAGAUGAAGCCACCAGCGAAUUUGGACAAGUCCUAUCAACCGAGUGAAGCUACUAAGGCACUUGAGAAGAUGAGCGAAUUGAGUAAACUUGGUGGUGACGAUUUGUUCAGAUCAUCUCCGGGAGGAACUGGUAACAAUCCCUCUGCGACAUCUGGGAGCCGGCACAGUGCCUGGCAGUCACAUUGGCUAAAUAAGGGAGCUGAUCAAGCCAAAGAUGUCCUGAAGUGCGUGUGGUGCAAGUUGAGUUUCUCCACUCUUGCGGCUCUAACUACGCACAUGAAGGAAGCGAAACACUGUGGAGUGAACAUGUCCGCACCUCCUCCAUCUUCUGGUCAUCAUCAGAAUAUGUCCUCGAUACCACCACCACAGCAACAUCAGCCGCAGACUUCUUCCAGUGGUGGAAACAAUGGAACUUCGACACCAAGCAGCAAGCAGAGUCCAUCGGAGUUGAAUCUCUUGAUCAAGGAGACGAUGCCUUUGCCGAGGAAGCUCGUUCGGGGCCAGGAUGUCUGGUUAGGAAAGGGUGCUGAGCAAACGAGACAGAUUCUUAAGUGCAUGUGGUGUGGGCAGAGCUUCCGAUCCCUGGCAGAGAUGACUUCACACAUGCAGCAGACCCAGCAUUACACGAAUAUCAUUUCUCAGGAGCAGAUCAUAUCCUGGAAGUCGUCUGAUGACAGUAAAGGUGGUGGAAGUACUGGAGGUGGUGGUGGUGGAGUGGGUGGAGGAGGAGGAGGCGGUGGAGGACCUCCAGGUGGUGGAAGUGGUCCUCACGGAGGAAGUGGUGGUCCAGGAGCUGGGGCGACAAGUAGUCAUGUCAGUGCCGUUUUAACAUGCAAGGUUUGCGACCAGGCGUUUAGUUCGUUAAAAGAAUUAAGCAAUCACAUGGUAAAGAACUCCCAUUACAAAGAGCACAUAAUGCGCUCGAUUACGGAAAGCGGUGGGCGUCGAAGACAAACUCGUGAGAAGCGGAAAAAGUCCCUGCCUGUUCGGAAACUCCUUGAACUCGAACGAGCCCAGAACGAGUUUAAAAACGGAGACGCAGGAUCGGGAAUAGGCCACAGUUUGAGCAAACACGCCGGUAGGAUUACUUGCGAAAAGUGUGGAGACAAAAUCGAAACAACGAUUUUUGUCGAACACAUUCGUCAGUGCAUCGGUGCCGGAACAGUGGGUGUGAAUCAGCGGAACUUCCUGAAGAAUGCGCUAAUGUCGAAUCACAUGUCGGGCGCUUUACCACCGGGAGAAUCUGGUCGGAAGAGCGUGAGUGAGGACACGUCGCCCGUCUCGUCGAGGCAUCAUCGAUCUCCCUCCUCAGCGAGUGAUGCCACAACACCUGGAAAAGAUACUCCGACGCCAAAUACAAAUGAACCUACGGGGACGUCGUCUCCAUCCGUGUUAAACGCGAUCGAGAAGCUUAUCGAGAAAAGUUUCGACUCGCGAGUUCGACAUGGCGCACCCGGUCUACAUCAUGCGCAACCGGGUGCGCCCAUGGGCUCUAGCAUCCUCAAACGCUUAGGAAUUGAUGAGAGUGUAGACUACACCAAACCACUCGUAGAUCCCCAAACGAUGAAUCUUCUCCGAUCCUACCAACAGCAUCACUACAACACCGGAUCCGCAGCAUCUAGGCGAGAAAGGAGUGGAAGUGAGUCUAGUUCAAUAUCGGAGCGAGGUAGCAAUAGAACAGAUGUCAUGACACCCGAAAGACGCCUCGACGUAUCUUCUGGGCACGAAAGGCUUUCCACUUCUUCCACCCAUUCACACCAUCAUCGAUCGACACCAGAUAAAAUCCCUUUACCUAGUCGUCACCCUCCAGAAGAAUCUGGCGAUGAAGAGACUGUUGUUGUGAAAAAGGAGCCCCGAGAAGAUGAUGGAGAAACACCUGCCGGCAACGAAAGUGUACCGGGAACGAGGGAAGUGGUCGUGAAGAAGGAGGUAGUAGAUGAAACUAGAGAUGAGGAAGACCAAGCGAGCUACAAUCACAGGCGGAGCGGUCAUCAUGAAUCUUCGGAAGAAAACCGCGAGGUUCUUUCCCCUCACAUGAAUCCUCCUACGCCCAGGUCGACUGGACAACUCGAACACGCGACUAGAAGUCCAUGUAGAAACAGUACCAGUAGUCCAGCAAGUAGCGAUAGAUCAGUCACUCCGAGAGGAACGCCCGAUACCAAAGCCUCCAGUAGCCUCGGGGCGUUAUCUUCCAUGUUCGAUAGUCUCUCCGGAGGUGGUGGUGGAAAUAGCGGCGGCAAUGGGGAUUCUCAAGGACGCAAGGGCAGCAGUCAUCCUCUAGCUGCCUUGCAAAAACUCUGCGACAAAACAGAGACCCGAAGCUCAGGUUCUGGUGGUAACAGGUCUGGUUCAGGUUCUGCGGGUACAUCUCUAGGCCCUGGAAGUGGAAAUGGCUCUGGUACCAGUGUACCAGGCCCUGGUCCCACUCCUGGAGCAAUUUUAGCCUUCAGCUGGGCCUGCAACGACGCGGUGGUCACUGCUGACUCCAUCAUGAAGUGUGCGUUCUGCGAUACUCCAUUCAUAUCCAAGGGUGCCUACAGGCAUCACUUGUCGAAAAUGCAUUUCGUUAAGGACGGUGUCAUCCCGGAUCCACUGUCUAUUGGCAGGUCUGCUGCAGCGGCGGCCACAGCAGCAGCCUCCCAAUCCAGCUCCAGUGGUCCCAGUCAUAGUUCCUCAUCGCCACCCUCGUCCCAGCGGAUCAAGUCGCCGCCGAAUCCUCUUCAGGCGAACGGAAGUCCGUCACAGCCUGCGGCUUCUCCUCUCGAGGAGAGUCCGCACUCAAAGUUUCUCAAGUAUACGGAACUGGCCAAGCAACUGUCCAGCAAAUACGUAUAGUCCGAGCCCCGUAAGUAGCGGUGCCACUUGUACAUAAGUGUAUCUAUACUGUAACGAGUUUAGAGUGGUCGGGAGUAGAGUAGUCUACAAGCAUCGUGCCGACGAUGCGGUUUCGUUGUUUAAUUUUUGGUCUGUAAAGAUGUUCUUUCACUGGUAAAAAAGGAUUUGUUUUUAUUCUUAUAACGUAGUAUUUUCUUUAGGCUGAUGAAUAUACAUUUGUUUUGUUUUUACUGUGAAAUUAUAACGAUAUUAGAGAAAUGGUACAUAAAUAUGAGUAUUCGAUGAAGCAGAAUUCAACCAAGUUCCUACAUUGCACUGAAAUCUGGGGGUUCAGUAAUGUUGCGGUUAAAGGAAAAGUUAGGCAUCCUUCAGAACUUAGACUCUAAAGGAGGAUUCUUUUUUAGUUCGUUGAUAUCCGUUAGAUGGCCAUUGGCAGGUGUCGAAAGUUUCAUUUGCGCAUGUGCCAAAAAGUGCGGGCUUAUUUGAAAUCAAGAAAUAGGAUGAAUAUUUCAAAUUCUCUGAAAUAUUUUGUUAUCCCAUGAAUUUAUCU